AGGGCCAUAAGAUACGUGUAAGCGAGCGCGUAUAUAUGUACGCGGCGAUUCGUGUGCAGCUGUACGUCGCAGCUUCCGUCCCGUAAGGUGUUUUUAUUAGAGAAUUCGGUUUUCCCGGCAUCGUGACUACGUGAUUGUUGCAGUGCGUUAAUUCUCAACCGCUACAAUUCCCUGUUACAAUUAAAUGCGCAAAGUAGUCCCCUUUCCGCGAGUCAACAUCGAAUCGAACGUUCGUGACGAACCGUGAAUUUGAAAUAAACUUUUUUCCGGUGCCACUGUUCUCUUUCUCCCUCCAACUCAUUGUCGUGACUGUGUUGCCUGAAGUUAUAGAUAUAUAAGCACACGGUUCGUGCAUCAGGGAAUGUUGAAGGAUUUGUUGAUCGUUCGAGCUUCCUGCCAAGAGGGUUCUGGAUACCUGAAGCGAGCGGACACCGAGCGCCUCCAUGAAAUCUUCAACCAGUACGCGAGCCAGGAGAAACAAGGCGAACGGUUCAUGACCCCGACCGAUUUCGUACGGAGCUACCUCGGCCUGUACACCGACGCUGACUACAACCCUGACUCGGUCGCCCUUCUCGCCGGCAUCGUUGACACCAGCAAGGAUGGGCUCAUCUCGUUCGCAGAAUUUCAGGCUUUCGAGGGCCUCCUGUGCGUACCCGACGCCCUCUACAGAACGGCCUUUCAAUUGUUUGACACUAACGGAAAUGGAAUGGUCGCGUUUGAUGAGUUCGCUGAGGUGAUGAAAAAAACGAUUCUCCACCAAAAAAUGCCCUUCAACAUGGACAGUGGGUUCAUCAAACUGUACUUUGGAAAAGACAAAAAGAGACUCAUCAAUUACACGGAAUUUAGUCAAUUUUUGCACGACUUUCACGAAGAGUACGCGACCGAGGCCUUCAAAAAAUUUGACAAGGAUGGAAAUGGAUUUAUAUCGGCACUCGAUUUUCAAGAUAUUAUGCUCAGUAUAAAGAGUCAUCUGCUCACCAAAAAAGUCAAGGACAAUCUUAUCGGGGUCUACAGUACCGCACAGAGCAGUAGAAAAGUUUCCUUCCCAUAUUUCAUGGCUUUUAAUUCUCUCCUCAACAACAUGGAACUCAUUAAACGUAUAUAUUUGAAUGCUACUAAUGGCCACAGAUUUCAAGAAGUUACCAAAGAGGAAUUUUUGCACUCUGCACAAAUGAUGUCACAAAUAACUCCCCUGGAGGUCGACAUCCUCUUUCAUCUGUGCGACCUCGUUCAUCAAAACGGAAAAAUAAUUUACAACGAUUUGGUCGCGAUAACGCCGGAACAGUAUUUCAAGCACAUUACGCGACGCCUCGCCGAGAUCAAGGCCGUUUCGAGCCCCGAGGAUCGCGGUGUCGUCGUUCAAAUACUCGAAAGUGGUUACCGUUUUGUCUUGGGCUCCAUAGGCGGAGCUGUUGGAGCGACGGCGGUGUACCCGAUCGAUCUGGUAAAGACUCGAAUGCAGAAUCAGAGGACCGGAUCGUUCAUCGGCGAGCUCAUGUACAGAAAUAGCUACGACUGUUUUAAAAAGGUGAUACGGCACGAAGGUGUCUUUGGUUUGUACCGUGGUUUGCUGCCGCAACUGAUGGGGGUAGCUCCCGAGAAGGCGAUCAAGCUCACAGUCAAUGAUUUCGUCCGGGACAAGUUUAUGGACAAGAAUGGAAACCUGCCUCUAGCCGGAGAAAUAUUAUCAGGUGCAUGCGCCGGAGGAUCUCAAGUGAUAUUUACGAAUCCACUUGAAAUAGUGAAAAUCCGAUUGCAAGUGGCUGGUGAAAUAGCCGGAGGACAAAAAGUCAGAGCCUGGACAGUCGUCAAGGAAUUGGGGCUCUUCGGCUUGUACAAGGGUGCGAGGGCUUGUUUCUUGAGGGACGUUCCCUUCAGCGCUAUAUACUUCCCGAUGUAUGCCCACGUAAAAGCGAAAAUGGCCGACGAGGGUGGCUACAAUACGCCGCUCUCGCUUCUCGUGUCGGGCGCGAUUGCGGGCGUUCCCGCUGCGGCUCUCGUUACUCCAGCGGACGUUAUCAAAACGAGGCUCCAAGUGGUCGCGAGAGAAGGCCAAACGACGUACAACGGCCUCGUCGAUUGCGCUAGAAAAAUCUAUAAAGAGGAAGGCCCCCGGGCGUUCUGGAAAGGAGCAACUGGACCCGGCGAGUUACUGGUCACUCGAGUGUUUAGAUCGUCGCCCCAAUUUGGUGUUACCCUCUUUACCUACGAGCUACUCCAGAGGCUCUUUGUCGUCGAUUUUGGCGGAUCACGACCCACCGGCUCCGAGCUGAAAGUACCAUCGACCGGCGUCGCCGACGAAAUCAAGUCCACCAACCCCGAUCACAUCGGUGGAUACGAGGUAGCUCUCCCAAUAUUCACCGGAAUCGAAACGAAAUUUGGCCUCUGCUUACCGAGGUUCCAGGCCCCAGCGUCGAGGAAAUAACGACGGCCUCGCGAGUUUUCCUCGCACUCGCACUCUAAUUAACGACACUAUACGACACCCCUUCGAUCGCUAAUGACGCGCGCGCGCCCUCAACAUCAAUUUCUAUCGCGGCUUGUCUCUUUUUACUCUCGAAAAUACUCGACACUACCACUAUGUAUCGAAAGACGCCGGCAUAUUCAAGUCCAUGUCCGUCUAUACACACACACACACACACACACACACACAUAGAUGGAGAGACAACGUGUAAAUAAACAAAUUGUGGAUAUCGUUGAAUAAAAUGUAUCUAAUAUCUUGGGUAUCAUUGUCGCGUGCCUGAUGUUGGAACAACCUUCGUUCGUUAUUACUACUGCCAAACAUUAUUUCCAGGCUUCAGACGCUUUUAUCGAUAUAUUUUUCAAUUGUAAAUCCACACCAAAAGAUUGUAUCAAUUUUUCCAUUAUUCUUUCCACGUAUUUUCUUGUUCCAUCGUUCGAUCGUUAUCUAAAUAUUGUAAAAAUGUAACAACAAUCUUGGAGAAAUCAACAGUCAAUACGUCGUGCAUGAACUCUAAUGUUAUUAUUUUCAAAUAUUUUAUAGAUUAUCGAAUAAUAAAUACAAUGAUUAUAAAUAUGAA